AAGAACCGCCCGGCCCAGAGCAGACUCACCCUGCAUCCAUCUAUCUCCCCUAAAACCCUAAAAACACGAGAAGCCCUACUCUGCCUCCCCUCCCCCGAAUUGCCGCCUCUCCUCUCCUCUCCUCCACCGGAGAGAGAAGCCAAGGAGGAUGCCGCGGAUCACUUCGGUGGAGAGCCCCGGCUGCCCGCCGCUCCGCGCCAUCACCACCGACAUCCUCGGCCUCAUCAAAGUCGUCGAGGCCCGCGCUAGACCGGCGGGCGUCGCCAAGGUCGUCGAGACGUGGGGCGAACCCGACGCCUCCAGGGCCAUCCUCGUCGCUUCACUCGCCGACCGAGCCGUCGACCCCGUUUUGGCUGUGGCAAGGAAGAACGGUGUGGUUGAGUUGCUGAAUCCAUUGAAUGGUGAUGCUCUGGCCGUUGUCAAGUCCUCUAGGACAGACCAAACUGUCGGAGCUGUGGAAAAUGAUCCCCUAGUCGCCCUGCACCUCUUCAGAAAACAUGCACCGGACUUAACCACGUUAGGUACAUUUCUUGCUUGUACGGAGAAGGGCAAAGCAAGUGUGAGAUCUGUUGCAAAAGAAAACACGGUAUCUGACUCGGAUGUUGGGCCAUCAAGCACUUGGGAAGUGUGUAACAAGGGUACAUUGCAGUUUUCAUCUGUGGAUGUUGGUGAAAACUAUGCAAUGUUUGGAGGGAAUGGUAUGGAAGUGAACUUGUGGGAUAUCACAUCUUGUAGUAAGAUGUGGUCUGCUAAAUCUCCCCGAGCUAACAACGUCGGUAUAUUUACCAAACCUUGGUUCACGGCUGGAACUUUCCUGUGCAAGGAUGAUCACCGUAAAAUUGUAGCCUGCACAAAUAAUCAUCAGGUUCGCUUAUAUGAUACUGCUUCGCAAAGAAGACCUGUUGUUUCAGUUGAUUUUAGGGAGUCACCAAUCAAGGCAGUUGUAGGGGAUCCAGAUGGACAUACUGUCUAUAUUGGGACAGGAACAGGAGACCUCGCUUCCUUUGACAUGAGAACAGGAAAACUACUCGGAUGCUAUGUUGGUAAAUGCAGUGGAAGUAUUAGAUCGAUAGUUAGGCAUCCGGAUCUGCCUUUGAUAGCAUCUUGUGGAUUGGACAGCUACUUGCGAAUCUGGGAUACAAAUACAAGGCAGCCGCUUUCUGCGGUCUAUCUCAAGCAGCACCUCACGACAGUGGUUAUUGAUUCACAUUUCUCAGCUGAAGAAUCUGAGGAGACUAAAUCCAAGCAGCCAGAUUCUUCAAUGGUGGCUGAAGCUGCAGUCAGAAGGGAAAAAAAGAAAAAGAAGAAUGUAUUGGUUGAAGAGGCUGAGGAAGGAACUCAAAUGGUGGACCCUGAUGACUGUGAUGCUGAAGCAGUCAGAAAGGACAAGAAGAAGAAGAAGAAGAAGAAGAAGAAGAAGAAGAAAACUGUUAUAGAGGAUGAUGAAGAAACGCAAAUGGUCGACCUGGAUGAAGACGAUGCUGAAACAGUCAGAAAGGCAAAGAAGAAAAAGAAGAAUAGAAGGGUUGCAGAGGAUGAGGAAGGAACUCAGAUGGCUGGCCUUAAUGACAGUGAUGCUGAGAUCUAUGCCCCAAAGAGAAUAAAAUCUGAAUCUGGCGAAAGAAGCAAAGGCACGAAAAAGAAAAGCAAGAAGCAACAAGUUGCCUAGGACAUUUGGUGUGCUGGAAUUAUUGACGUCUGACCACGGUGCUUGCCUUAGUGAAUUUGUAAAAGAAUGCCUUUUAAGUACAAGUUCAUUCAAACUUGAACGGUAUGGUUCAUUUGUAGUUUUUCCUUGAAAUAUUACCUGCUGUUUACAAUAUUAUGAUAAGUGAUUCGAAAAUAUUAUCAAACUUGAACGGUAUGGUUCAUUUAUACUAUC